AUGGGCGACGAUGGUGUUUUAGGAGCGAGAACCGUGCUGGCGGUGAGGGAGAUUAAGGCUGACGCCAUGACGGAGCCGCUGCUCUGCCAUCGACUGGAGAAGGAUAACUUCCCCGUGGUGCGUGCUGCUGACGUGGCGUGUGCUGCUGACGUGGUGUCUGAUGCUGAUAUGCAGCUUGUCCUGCUGACAUGGGGCUUGUUUCAGCUGACUUGGCUCAGCUACCCUUUCUUCGCCUGUUCGCCUUUUGAGGCGCCUCAAAAGGCGUCUGGGGAGUUCUGUCACCUGGUGGGAUCUGCUCCCGUGCAGCUUAUCAUGACGCGCACAGAGCCACUCAUCUCUGCUGUGCGCUCACAACAAUCACACGGGGCACAGUCACAUGCGACAGAGUCACACGACGCACAGUCACGUGCAUCGCAGCAUCAGCAGCCCUUUGCGUACUUUGAUGGAGCAUUGCGGAAGCACGAGCGGAUAGCAGCUACAUUUUCUGAUGCUCUUGCACUGGCGUGUGCGUCUCCCCUUGCUGCGGGAGCUGAAGCAAGCACCAGGGGGAGAAGCCAUGGUUUUGCCUCUGCCGCUCCUGCCACUGGUGCUGCUAACAGUGGUGCUGGCACUCCUGCCCCUCCGGCCACCGCUGCUCCUGGGAAUGGUGCUGCUGGCAGUGCUGAGGAGACAGGAGACGGGGCCCGACCGCAAGGGGGUGAGGGGAAAGGAACUGAGGCGGGAGGGGGCGAGGAGGAGCAGGGCAGUGGGUUGCAGGAGAUGAUACGAGCCAUGGCGUCUGGUGCAGCGCCACUGGCGUUCUACCUCGCUCAAGUAUGCAUGCCCACUCUCUCACAUGCCCACUCUCUCACAUGCCCACUCUCUCCCAUGCCCACUCUCUCACAUGCCCACUCUCUCACAUGCCCACUCUCUCACAUGCCCACUCUCUCACAUGCCCACUCUCUCACAUGCCCACUCUCUCACAUGCCCACUCUCUCACAUGCCCACUCUCUCACAUGCUCACUCUCUCACAUGCUCACUCUCACAUGCCUACUCUCACACAUGCUCCUGCCCGCACACACCCUGCCUCCUGUACCCUCAUCACUUGCGUUCAUCCUUUCCCCCUCCCUGCCCCUCCUCUCCCCCCCUCCCCUUUUUCCCUCUACAACCCCAUCUUUGACCGCCAGCAGCCACACCAGCAAUUCCCCCUCUCAAACUCUUCCGCCCUCCCCCUCCCCCGCUUCCCCCACGUUCUCCCCACAUGCCCCGCACACACAUGUUAUGAGCAGAACCCCAUCUUUGACCGCCAGCAGCCACACCAGCAAUUCCCGCUCUCGCCCUUGCUGCAAGAUGCUCCUAUUCCAUCCCCAUCCGUCUCCUCUCCAUCUCUCCCCAGAGGCAGCAGCAGCAGCAGCCACUGUGGCUCUUGAUGCUGGGGAUGCGCUCUUCCUGCCCGAAGGCUGGUACCACCAGGUCAGCAGCACACCAACCACCAUCGCCAUCAACUUCUGGUGGCCCUCCCUAGUGUGCCUCUCGUUUGGGUCACACAUGGACCUCUACUAUGCGAGGAGAGUGCUUACAAGCCUGCUUGAAGCGCACAAGGAGUGCAAGGCGAAACGAGCAGCACUAACAGACGCAGGAGGAGCAGAGGGUGAAGGGGCUGCUGUUGAGGUGGCUCAAGAGACAGGAGCAGUGGAGGGUGAGGGAGGAGGAAGCAACGGGCGGACAGUGAAGUCGGCAGCAGCGCUGACAGAUGCAGGAGAGGCGGAGUAUGAAGGGGCUUCUCUUGAGGGGCCUGAAAUGGCAGGAGCGGUGGAGGGUGAGAGAGGAGGAGGCAACAUUGGGCGAUCAGCGAUACCAGCAGCAGUGGACAGCAGGGGUGGGGAUCGUCAGCAGCAGCAGACAGCAGCAGAGGUGACUUCUGAAUCGCCUGGAACGAUGACAGGAGGGGUGCGGAUCGGAGGAGGAGAAGGAGAGAGGGAGGAAGAGGGGAAGGGAAGGAGGGAGGAAGAGGGGAAGGGAAGGAGGGAGGAAGAGGGGAAGGGAAGGAGGGAGAAAGGGGGGAAGGGAAGGAGGGAGGGGAAGGGGAGGAGGGAGCUGAUGGAAGGGUUGAGUGAGAGGGAAAGAAGGGCGGUGGAAUAUCUUGUUCUUGCCGCUGCUGCUGCUUCUGCUGCUGCCGCUGCUACUCCUGUUGCUGCUGCUGCUGAUGCUCAUGCAUCUCCUGCUAAUGGUGUUGCAUCCUCUGCUGCUGGUGGGUUGGGGAAGCGUAAACCUGUUGGCGCGAGGAAGGAUGGGGGGAAGCGGAGGCGGGAGGAAGGGAGACACAAGGGCGAGGAGGGCAGUGAGGCGGGUGGUGAAUCCGAAGAGGAAGGAAGAAAGAAAAAGAGAGGGGAGUGGGAGGAGAUGCGAGAGGAGGAAGAGGAGGACGAGGAAGAGGAGGAAGAGGAGAAAAACAGAAGAGACGUUUCUUCGAGAGUGGAGGCUGCGAUUGCUGCUCUACCCCCAGCCUCACUACGCACUGUCCUUCUAGUCAUGGCUCACGCCUUCCCCCUCUCCUCGCACCAUCUGCUGCACCACGCACUCUCGCCGCUCUCCGCUUUCCUCAUCACCUCACGACUCGAUGCUGACGCCGUGCCACCAUCCCUUCCCACCGCUGCCACUGUUCCCACCACUGCCACCGCUGCCACUGCUGGUUGCGGUGAUGCUGCUGCUGCUGUCCGCGCGGCUGAUACUGCUGCAUAUGGCAACGGCAGCAGCAGCGGCACCAGUGGGAGAGGUUUCUUUGAGGAGUUCUACGAUGCUCUACCUGAUCCCGCCUCUGCAGCUGCCGCAAUACUCCAAGGCGUGGAGGAACACAAUAAACAGUCGCUGAAAGAGGUAAUGGAGCUGGUGUGUGCGUUCAAGUCGAGACCCGAGUAG